AUACACCAAGACCCAAUAUAUUUAGGUGAUGUGGCGUCACCGGAUUGGAUGUCGGGACAUCCGGUGGUGACCGGAUGCAAUAAUUCGCCCCUUUACUUAUUCCAUUAAAAGAACAAAUUCUUAUAGCACCAAAUCGGAUCCCCACCACAACAUUGAAGAUUCCAGCCUCUAAUGGCAAGCAAGAUGCCAGAGAACGCCACUGUUGUAUUCGUUAAAAGAUUCCGUUCUUGAAUUAAUGUAAGAACGAAUUAAAUCACGAGCACUUCCAGAAGAAGGCGAAGGCUCCGAUCGAUCUAACUGCAGAAAAAAGCAGAGGACCAACAAAAGCGUUGAUGAGUACUCGAUCUAUAGAAAUUGCUGGGCACAAUAUAACAAUCCACGAAAGCGCCGACACCUACGACCGCACCACCGGGCGGGCCCUGACCGGGUCCUGGCUCUGGGACUCCGCCCUCCACCUCGCCGAGUGGAUGGCCGCCGCUGAUCUCUCCGGCGCCACCGUCCUCGAGCUCGGCGCCGGGCUCGGACUCCCCGGCCUGGCGGCCGCCGUCCUCGGCUCAUGCCGCGUCGUUCUCACCGACACGCCCCCGCUGCUCGAAGGGCUACGAAGGAACGUGGAGGCCAAUGGAGUCGGAGAAAAGGUGGAGGUGCGGGAGCUGCGGUGGGAGUCGGAUAACGUGGAGGAGUUUGGAAACGAGGUUGGGGAGGUGGAUGUGGUGCUGAUGUCGGAUUUGUUCUAUGACCCGGAGGAGAUGGGCGGGCUCGGCCGGGCCAUGAGGGCGGUGUGGGGAGACAGGACAAAGGGAUGGGCUGCGAGCGAGGUGAGGGAUGCGACGGUGGACUGUUUGGAGGCGCUGAAGGCGGAGGGGUUUAAGGUGGAGGAGAAAUCUGUGGUGCGCCGCCGGCUAAUGAGAUCGCCGGAAGAGUCGGCUGUGUUUGCUGUGUUCAUUAUCUAUCGCGAUUAGAUCAAGGAGUUGUUGUUGUUUAAUGCUCGGAUUGAAUUCUCUAUAUAAAAAAAAGUUACGAAAUUUCUUUUA